AUGUUCGCUCGAUCUGCCAUCCCCGCUUUCCGCGCUGCCUCGCGCUCCUUCACCACCCAGGCCGCCCGCAAUGUUGGCCCCGCCUCCGCUCGUGGCUACAUGGGCGCUGCUGCCCUUGCCGCCGGCGGUGCUGUCGCUUACUCUGCCUUUGCUGCCCCCACCGUCCACCUUGAGGGCCCCAAGACCAUCGCUGGCGAGCUUGGCACUUCCACCGAGCGCUCCUAUGUCAUGAUCAAGCCCGACGGUACCUCGCGCCAGAUCGUCGGCGACAUUAUCAGCCGUUUUGAACGCCGUGGAUACAUGCUGGUGGCCAUGAAGACGGUCGUGCCCAGCCAGGAGCUCGCCAAGGAGCACUACAUUGACCUUGCCAAGAAGCCUUUCUACGGCGGUCUCGUCAAGUACAUCACCAACGGCACGCCCGUCGUCGCCAUGGUGUGGCAGGGCAAGGACGUUAUCCGCCAGGGCCGCCGCCUCGUGGGUGCCACCAACCCCCUCGAGGCCAACCCAGGCUCGAUCCGUGGUGACUUCUGCGUCUCGGUUGGCCGCAACAUCAUCCACGCCUCCGACUCCCACGAGUCUGCUACCAAGGAGAUCGGCCUCUGGUUCCACGAGAAGGAGCUCGCUACCGAGUACAGGCCCAUCGCUUGGGACAUGAUCAUGGCCGACAACUAA